AUGACGAGCUACUUCAGAGGGCAGCGGCAGGAGGUUUCUGCCGACGCCUCCCGGCCCGGUUAUCGGAGGGACAAGGGCGGGCGCAAGCGGCUGACGGCGCAGAAGAGGAAGGAGAUCAAGGAGGCCUUCGAUCUCUUCGACACCGAUGGCUCCGGCACCAUUGAUGCAAGGGAGCUCAACGUUGCAAUGAGAGCGCUGGGGUUUGAGAUGACGCCGGAGCAGAUCCAGCAGAUGAUCGCGGAGGUGGACAAGGACGGCAGCGGGACCAUCGACCUGGACGAGUUCAUACACAUGAUGACGGACAAGAUGGGAGAGAGGGACGCCAGGGAUGAGCUCCACAAGGCCUUCCGGAUCAUCGACCAGGACGCCAACGUACGGGAAGAUAUCGGACAUGGACAUCCAGCGGCUGGCCAUCGAGGCCGGCGAGCACUUCACGCUCGACGAGGUCAGAGAGAUGAUCCAGGCCGCCGACGAAAACGCUGGCAGUAG